CGCUGCGAUCCGGAGCUCCUCUGCUCGCGCGCUGGGAUCUGCUCACCUACUGCAGACUAUGUUUGGAUGUUGCUGAAGCCGAUCCUUUAGAUCUGAGUGAUCCAGCCGUUCAACAUGCAGAGCAUCAAAUGUGUAGUUGUUGGAGAUGGUGCGGUGGGAAAGACGUGCCUGCUGAUAUCUUACACCACUGGAGCUUUUCCCAAAGAGUACAUUCCCACAGUGUUUGAUAACUACAGCUCGCAGGUGAGCGUGGACGGCCGGACGAUCAGCCUCAACCUGUGGGACACAGCAGGUCAGGAGGAAUACGACCGUCUACGUACGCUCUCCUACCCCCAGACCAAUGUCUUCGUCAUCUGCUUCUCCAUCUCCAGCCCACCCUCCUACGAGAAUGUGAAGCACAAGUGGCAACCUGAGGUGACACACCACUGCCCCAACGUGCCUAUCCUUCUAGUGGGCACCAAGAGUGAUCUGCGCAGUGAUCCUGAGGUCCAGAAGAAGCUAAAGGAUCAGAACCAGGCACCUAUAACGCAGCAGCAGGGCCAGGCGCUUGGCCGGCAAAUCCACGCUGUCAAGUACAUGGAAUGCUCAGCCCUCAACCAGGACGGCAUCAAAGACGUGUUCGCUGAGGCUGUUCGUGCCUUCCUCAACCCUCAACCUGCUUCAAACAAAAAACCCUGUGUGCUCCUCUGAGAAUGUUACUAAAUCUGAGAAUUUUAUACUAAUAUUGUAGAAAAUUUAUGAAGAUUUUUAUGAAGGUGUAAAAAAACCAGUUUGUGAAAAUUAACGGACAGACAGACGACGGACAGACUGACUGACAGACAGACAGGCAACAUCAUCAAAAACGAAACACCACCAUUAAGUGUCUUACUUUUUUAUGUGCCUUGGUGUGGGUUCCACAUGCCUACUGUUGAUCUCUGGUAACUGUUCAGAGCCAUUCAUUAAGGUGUACAAGAUUUCUAUGCUCAUCAAACCACUCAGUGACAUCUUGUACCAAUUAGAAUAAGAAAUUAUCAUCUUGGAAGAGAUCUUUCCCAUCAGAGUAUAAAUGUUUAGUUUGAUCACUUUUUGACUUGUGGACUCGCAAUGCAAUUUGAUCAUUUGUCACCUGUGUAACAAUUGCUAAAUGAAAUGAUACAGUAUGUAUUGUCCUUUUUGGAUUGCAAUAUGAUACGUUUUUAUCUGAGAGCCUGGAACACCAACUGUUCAAAUGAAAAACCAAACAGUGUAGCAGACAAACCAAUUAGUGUAGGGUUUUCCCUGUUUGGCUAAUUAGGACUAAUGAAAGUUUCUGAUGAUAAUCAUUUUUACAUACAGUUGGUAUGCCAAUGACCUUUGCCAUCCCACAACCAUAGUCAUGUGAACAUACACAGACAUCCGUGCACAAAUAAUAAUGUGGAUGGUUUAUCCCCCAAGUAACAGACAGAGAUUUUAAAUCACAUACUCAGGCUCUCCUCUAACCUCAAGACCAUUUUGUGCAUGUAUCACUCUUCUGUAGGUGACAUGCUCCAUUAAAAACACACUUUGCCAAAGUACAACCUGUAUUUUCUUAACUUAUUCAUCUUAUCCUGAAGUAUUGCUUAGAAAUUCUAACAGGAAUACAUAUUCAGAAAUAAUUUCAUGAAUUUCAGAAAACCAGGUGUGAACAACAUUAAAGAAACCGUAAAAAAUAGAAAUCCUGGCCACUCAGGUGGAGCAGCGGUAAAGCGUAUGCUGUUCACCAGAGCUGAGAUCUCGAAUACAUCGUAUCGAAUCUUUGCUCUGCCUUGCCGGCUGAGGCUGAGUGGCUACAUAAACAAUGAUUGGCCUGUUGUUCAGAUAGGGGGCAGGACUAAAAGCCAGAUGGGGACUCUCUCUCAGACUGGUGAGAUUACGACCUCUGCUGGCUGUUUGGUGGCGCCUGCAUGGAGAUGGGGAAGGAGUGCGGUAGCGCACUGCGCUCGUCAAGUGUGGGUGAUAAGAUGUUCGAUUGCUGUGCACGUUUCGGAGGGGGCGUGGAGCAGCCUCGUCCUCCCCAAUCAGGAGCAAGGACCAGCAUUAGUGAGAGGAUGAUUGAUGGGUAGAAAUUGGAUACACUAAAGUGGGAGGAAAAGGGGUAAAAAAAAAAAAAAAAGAAAAAAAAAAGAGAA